AGGCCGACACUGGAACUCACGAGGACCCUAUAUGCAACCAACUGGCUCGUGAUGUUGUUAAUACAAGAUCUAGUCGCCGUUGUGUACAGUGUUGUGUGCAUUACGUACUGGCGGGGUUUGUGGGUCCUUUUGGAUUUAUACACACCUUUACGUCCUAACAGUCUUUAUAUAGCCCACAGCGUCAGUUUUAUCGUUCUGGCUGUUUGCUUAACUGCCAAUUCUCUUUUGGUGCGCAACGUUGAUAGAGAUGGCCGGGAAGGUGUGGUGUUUGAUGUCCGCUAUGUGGCAACUAUGAUCCAGACUCUUCUUCACAAGAAAGCCGUGGCUGUGCAUCUGGAAGAAGCAAAAUGUCCUGGCACUAAUCACAUUCCUUUAGAUAAAAGUCCAGCUGGCAGCAAAUUAUGGGAAAUCCUCGCUGGCAACUGA